ACACGUUCCAACUUUCCAGCCCCCAGCAGUCGAGCGUCGUUCCUCGCAGGCGAAGAACGUUCCGUGACGUGUGACGCGUGGUUCUGCCGGACGUAUCUACGUCGAUCGCUUCUUGAAAUCGUUGGUCCUUCCUUCUUUCUUUCUUUCUCUCUUUUCUCUCUUAUCCUCGUCACCCUUAACUCGACCCAGCGAAGUCGACACAAGUAGUCGUUGACGGAGCUGCCGUGUCGUUUGUGCUGGUGCUCGUGCUCGUGCUCGUGAAAAGUGCCCUCCAGUUUGUUGUGCGUGUUUUCGCCCGGUUUGUGGCGGGGGUGCGACGCGGGGAGAGAAUAAAGAGAGAUAGAUAGUGAACGCGAAAGGGAAGAAGUGAGAGGGGGCAGGCAACAAUAGAGUUGCAUCGGGAUUUGCGGGCGAUCCUUCCGCCCGUUGCGUUAAACGUAAAAAAAAAAAAAAAAAUAAAUAAAAACAAAACGAAAAUCGCAAAUAUAAACAAAUGAAAAAGUGAAGGGGAGGAACGCCGCUUCCGGUAUUUACUGCAACAGCUGAUAACGCACGACGCUCCGAAUGAUAAUCGCGUGACUGCUUUCUUCGUAACAUCGGGUUGAAAGACGUUUUACUGACCGUAGACAAAGGAAUACAACGAACUGAUUCGAAAGGUGUACGCAAGAAAACUCUACCUUAACAACAACAACAAUACCAACAGUCAUAAAACUUGGGUCAACGUGUUGCCUGUGAAUUGUUGUAAUAAACACAUAUCCGUUCUGUUCCGUAACGUGAAUUUUAAGUUGAAGAAAGGUGUAUGAUAGAAUAAAAAACUUUGAAUCAAAAAAAUUCAAAAACAAACGAAUAACAAGUAAAAUAAAAUUGUAAAUUGUUACAAUAGGAUAGAAACGACUCUUAGCGCGUGAAACAUAUGAACGCCGCACGCGUACGGACGUCUGGAUGUUUGUGAGAAAGAAAAAAAAAAUCCGAAAGUUCGUUCGGAAAAUAUGUGCGUGGUGUGUAACGAUAGUUUAGUGAGGUGAAACCUUCAUGCUGACGAGGCGGAGAUUAAACGUGGAAAUAUUAGUAGGAGUCCCGGAUGCGAUUCAAGAUUUACCUACUAAAUUUAGCAAUGAAGUGACUCGACGUCGCAGCAGUUGACAGUCGCCUUAAUAUCCCCCCACCUCUCCCAUAUCCUCCCCCUCUCCCCCGCCCCCCGCCCACCCACCACCCCCAUCCCCGACACCGCCGCCAAUAAAAGUAUUGGAAACAAUUAAGAUGUACCCCGCGCCGGCGAGACAUCCAUCCGCUCCCGGUGGCGGUGGAAGUGCAGCGGGGGCUGCCGGCGGGCUGAAAUUUACAGUCGCCGACACCUGCGAGAGAAUCAAAGAAGAAUUCAGUUUUAUUCAGCAGCAGUAUCAUUCGCUGAAGUUGGAGUGCGAAAAGCUAGCUAAUGAGAAGACUGAAAUGCAGAGGCAUUACGUAGUGCAGUACUAUGAGAUGUCCUACGGGCUCAAUGUCGAGAUGCAUAAACAGACGGAGAUUGCAAAGCGGUUAAACGCGAUAAUUGCCCAAGUCCUUCCGUUCCUGGCACAAGAGCACGGGUUACAGCACCAACAGCAAGUGGCCAACGCCGUUGAACGGGCAAAACAAGUUACGAUGACCGAGCUCAACGCCAUUAUUGGGCAACAACAUCAGCAAGGAUUACAGCAAUUAUUGCAACAGAUUCACGCUCAGCAGCUGACCCACGGGGCGGUCGUGGGUGGAUUGCCCCCUGCGGGUUUACUGGGGUUCGCGGGGGCAGCGGCGGCGGCUGGGGGUGUCCCACCCCACCUGGCACCACCCCCGCAUCCCGGUGCAGCGGCGGCCGCAGCUGCCCAGGCACAGGCCCUCCUCAAGCCGGCGGAUCUUCAGCACAGAAACGCCGCUGAGACACCCGAGGACCGGAAACCGAUUCCAAUACCGGACGAACGGUUGAGACGAUCGGUUUCCCCGGGUGAAAAAUUUCGCAGCCGAACGCCAGACAUCGAGAGCGGCGAACCGAAACGGAGGAAAGAGGAAAAACUCAGCCACGAAAGCGAUGGUGAAAAGAGUGACCAAGAUCUUGUCGUGGACGUAGCGAACGAGGAGCCUGGCUCGCCUCAUGCCAACGGCGAACACGCAGAUCCACGCGAGAACGGCACUCUUGAGAAACUUGGGGCCCCGGGCCCCGGCGGGGGGCCGUCUUCCGGGACCGCCUCCGUCAAGGACAGACCUCCGUCAAGGAGCGGUAGCUCUUCGGCGCGGAGCACUCCCUCUCUGAAAAGUAAAGAUAUCGACAAGCCGGGCACACCUGGGGCAGGAGCGAGGGGAUCUCGCAGCUGUACCCCAACUAUGGGGGGCAUUCCUGGUCCACUGGGCCCACGGGGUUAUCAUCCCCCAUCAUCGCAGCAGCAAACCCCACCUCAGGGCUAUCAGGGCUUGCCCUCCCGCGGCAAUGAGCCACCCCAAUCUCCUUCAUCUUACAACAACUUGCCUUACGCACGACCACCAAUGCUCGGAUUUGACGGUCACGUUAGAAUACCUGCUACUAAUGGAUUGAGUAACGUUCCUGGUGGUAAACCCGCAUAUUCUUUUCACAUGAACGGAGAGGGUCAACUUCAGCCUGUACCUUUUCCAGCGGAUGCAUUGAUCGGACCUGGAAUACCAAGGCAUGCGAGGCAAAUCAACACUCUAACCCACGGUGAAGUUGUUUGUGCUGUGACAAUAUCAAACCCUACUAAAUAUGUCUAUACCGGUGGAAAAGGUUGCGUGAAAGUUUGGGACAUUGGACAAGGCGGUAGCGGUAGUGUGAAACCUGUAUCACAACUUGAUUGUCUACAACGAGACAAUUAUAUUCGCUCUGUCAAACUUUUACCUGACGGACGGACACUCAUCGUCGGCGGUGAAGCGAGCCAGCUUAGCAUUUGGGACUUAGCUAGUCCUACUCCACGUAUUAAAGCAGAGCUCACUUCGUCGGCACCAGCGUGUUAUGCCCUGGCGAUAUCUCCCGAUUCUAAGGUCUGCUUCAGUUGUUGCAGCGACGGGAAUAUCGCAGUUUGGGAUCUUCACAAUCAGACUUUGGUCAGGCAAUUUCAAGGGCACACGGACGGUGCUUCAUGUAUCGAUAUAUCAACGGAUGGUACUAAACUUUGGACUGGGGGGCUGGACAACACCGUCAGGUCCUGGGACUUGAGGGAAGGAAGACAGUUGCAGCAGCAUGACUUUACGUCGCAAAUAUUUUCCUUGGGUUAUUGUCCGACUGGCGAGUGGCUCGCCGUUGGUAUGGAAAAUUCAAAUGUUGAAGUACUUCAUGCAACAAAGCCUGACAAGUAUCAGCUUCACCUUCACGAAUCUUGCGUACUGUCGUUGCGGUUUGCCUCAUGUGGAAAAUGGUUUGUUUCGACUGGGAAGGAUAAUCUGCUGAACGCGUGGCGUACACCUUAUGGAGCAUCUAUAUUCCAAUCGAAGGAGUCUUCGUCCGUUCUGAGCUGUGACAUAUCCACAGAUGACAAGUACAUCGUGACUGGUUCCGGCGAUAAAAAGGCAACGGUAUAUGAAGUGAUGUACUAAACUUUGUGCUACUUGUAUAUUUUCAAUAACAAUAUGAAAAUAAUCGUAAUCGUAAUGAUAAUAAUAAUAAUAUUGAAACAAAAAAGAAACGAAACAUUUUCCUAGAUCUCAUAAGAUUUUUAUAGUAAUCAUCAUUCGUUACAAAACCAUUGUACAAUAGCUUUGUACUUCAAGAGAAGUAACGGUACAAGGAUGACACAAACUUCACUACGCAGAUGAAAAACUCUUGAACAAUUUCUGCCUUGUGUUUGUAUAAAUGUGUUAAUAAGUACAUACCCCUAAUGAUAAGUGUCGUGUGAAUGACUAAGCAUACAAUAGUGAGAGAUAGUUGAUUAAGGUAUUGUUGCGAAGAAUAAGUAUUAAUGCUAAAGGUAUUAACAUUACCUACUAGGUAUUUUAUUAUCCGAAGCAUAAGUAGGUGUGAAACUCUGUACAGAAUGUACAUGUUAGUUGUAUUUGGUGCGAUGUAUAGGCUUAUAAGACUUAAUUACUACGCUGUAAAGUGACAAAAAAUCCACAAAAACAAAAAAAAACUAUUUCUCUACUUUAGCUAGAUGGGAAGGGUUUGGAUUGAGACAAGGUGAGAUUUUUUUCAGGAAACUGGUGCAUUGUUGUACAUAUUACUUUUCCCGAAAGAAAUUUUGCUUUGGCUCAGGUAAAUUCCUUUCUUAAUAAAAAUUACAAAUCGUAACAUAAGUGUCGUUUUACCUAUAAAUAGUGCAAUGAACGGUAUACAUAUAAUUCUAUUUAUUAUCACUAAUAGCAUCCCAGCUCUAGUGGCAAUGUACGUUCUCAUAAACUUAGUACGCCUCCUUCUACCCAUACCUAGCAAUAAUACGUGAUAAAUAAUAGCGCAACAAUUUUCUUUAUCGUUACAACAAUCACAACAACAAACUUCGAGUUUCAGUGUUAAAUAAAGUCAUUCAAAUGCGGAAAAAUCUGGUGAUUUACCUACUUGCGGUAAAAAAAAUAAAAAGAUGAAGGUUAUCAUGUAAACGUAUCGAAAUAAAUCUAAUGUAUAAAUA